AUGACUGACGUCGCAGACGGAGUAUCACUACUAGCCUAUGUCACUGGCACUGUCCCUACUCCCGCUGAGAAUGCUCCUGCCCCUGAACGAGCACAGUGGGAGCUCCGUGAUGCAGUCGCGCGCCUUGUUAUUCGCAAUCACCUACCGAGGUCUGAGCGCGCGCAUUUCAACCAGCUUAAGACUGCUAAGACGCUGUAUGAUGCUGUCGUUGCCCGCUAUUCCGCCCCGGCCACAGCCACCGUUGGUAGUCUCAUCCUGCCUUACCUGUUCCCAGACUUAGCCUCGUUUCACACUGCUGCCGACCUUAUCACUCACCUCCGCGCUAGUGACGCCCGCUUUCGAGCCGCUCUUACCGACGAGUUCCUCGCCACGAACACCCCCCCGCUGUACUUUACCCUCUACAUCCUCGUCACCCGCCUCCCUGACACUCUUCGUUCUGUCAGGGAUCACUUCCUUGCCAAGGAUCCUCCAACUAUCACUCUGGACGACUUCGAGCAGCAGCUGGUCGCAGCAGAGAAGAACAUCCUCGCUGUCGGUGCUGCUCGUGGCACUCCUCGCACUCCCCUCUUUGAGGGGUGCUCCCCCUCCCCUCUUGACCCCUCCUACACCUCUGCUGCUACUGCAUUCGACUUCCUCGGUGCGGAGAAGGUCGCAGCGGCUUCCGCUCCUGGUGGGAAGCGCGGCGGUGGCAAGGGCAACAAGGGUGGCAGGGGUGGCGGAGGUGGCGGUGGAGGGAGCGGUGGUGGAGGCGGCGGGGGUGGUGGAGGUGGUGGGAGUGGACGUGGGGGUGGAGGCGGUGGGUGGGGUGGCGGCAGGACCGGGGGCGGUGGAGGCGGCAGCGGAGGUGGUGGGGGAGGAGGCAGCGGCAGUGGCGGUGGAGGUGGGAGUGGGGGUGGAUCUGGCCAGAAGGGUGGCCCCACUGGUGGCCAGCAGCAGCAGCCACAGCAGCAGCAGCAGCGUCCUCCCCUCACCUCCCAGCAGCUAAAUAACUGGUUUGCUGGGCGUGGGGCGACUCGGGGUUCUGACCGCUGCCCCUAUGUCAUUCGUACUGGUCCCCGCCAGGGUCGCACCUGCGACGGUUUUCACACUGAGUAUCGUUGUUUUGCUAGGCUUAGUGACGCCUUGCGCGCCAAGUACCCUGAUGCUACUGAGUUCCCCAACUGGGCAGAGCUGCUUAGGCGUGAUGUGCCUAUCUUUGAUCUGGACUAUGAUGUUAUUCUUGCUGCCAUGUAUGCAUUGACUGUUAGUGCUGAGGGUGACUGCUACUUGUGUGUGCCGCCUGACCCUGGUAUUGACCCCGGUAUAAGGGCUGCAGCCCUAGGUGCUAGUGAGUCUGCUCCCCUUGGUACUGCGUCGGCUCAGGCCUUGCACACGUUUACACUUGACUCUGGUGCUUCCCGCUGUUUCUUUCGCGAUAGCACCACCGUCACUCCCCUCCCUGCACCUGUCCCUGUCUCACUGGCUGACCCCUCUGGGGGCCCAGUGCUUGCACGAGCCACGACUGUGCUCCCGUGCCCGGCGGUCCCGUCUGGUGAGCUGUCAGGUCUCCACGUUCCCUCGUUCUCUACGAACCUGGUGAGCAACGCCGUCCUCCAGGAUCACUGGGUUGACACCUGGACUCCUGGAGGGCAGCGUGUGGCGAUCUGCACGUGCUCCAAGACUGGCCGCCACCUGGCCACGUUCACUCGUGAGCCGGGGUCCAGUCUGUACACCCUCACCACUGUUUCACGCUACACCCCUUUGUCUCCUCAGCUGUACGCGUCUGCUCAGGUAGCUACCUAG